GCAGCUUGGAGACCACAUUUUCUGUGCUCUCUUCUGAACAGACGGUCUCUACCUGCAGUGCUCAACACAGACAUGAGGCUGUGUCCCUUGGAGGGGACUUCAUUUGCUUGGCUUGUUCUCACUCUUCUAAGCAACGCUGCGCUAGCCGUGGAAAGGCACUAUUACAUCGCCGCUGUCAACAUUGACUGGGAUUAUUCUGGACAGCAAAGGUCUGGUGUCAUCUACAAGAAAGCGGUAUACAGAGAAUAUGAGGAUGCCAACUUUAAAAAGGCCAAGCCCCACCCUCCGUGGCUAGGUCUGCUUGGGCCAACAUUACGUGGACAGGAAGGCGAUGUGAUCGUGGUGACGUUCCGGAACAUGGUGGAUCAGCCUUGCAACAUCCACACACAUGGUGUCGCUUAUGGCAAACAGUCAGAGGGAGCGUUCUACUUCGACAACACUUCACAAAAAGAGAAGGAGGACGACAUUAUCAAUUCAGGUGGAUCCCACACGUAUCACUGGGAGGUGACGUCGGCGGUGGCACCGGCGGCUGAUGACCCCCCCUGCCUCACAUACACAUACUUUUCCCAUGUCGACAUGGUCAAGGACUACAACUCAGGCUUAAUCGGCACACUGCUGAUCUGCAAACCGGGCAGUCUAGAUGAUUUUGGAAAGCAGAAACACUUCCACCAGGAGAGUGUUCUCCUCUUCGGCGUUUUUGAUGAGAGCUUCAGCUGGUACAGCAAAGGAGGCCCCCCCUCUGGCGAACGCAUGAAAUACACCAUCAACGGCUAUACAAAUGGCACUGUUCCAGGUUUGAACGUCUGUGCCUAUAGUUCCGUCAGCUGGCAUUUCCUGAGCAUGAGUUCCACGCCAGAGCUCUUUUCUAUUCACUUCAAUGGGCAGGUGUUAACACAGGAUGGGCACAGAGUCUCCUCAGUGGGCAUCAUAAGUGGCACCACCACCAGUGCCAGCAUGACGGCCGUUCACACCGGUCGCUGGCUGGUCUCGUCUCACAUUAGCAAACACUUGGAGGCGGGGAUGCAUGGUUUUCUGAUGGUGGAAACAUGUGAGGGCUUCAGCAAGCCUCAGCGCAAGCUCACGAUCCAACAGAGGCGAGAGAGUCAGAUGUGGACCUACUACAUCGCCGCCGAGGAAGUGAUCUGGGACUACACUCCGAACAUGCCUGACUACAUUGAUGCGGAUUUCAGAUCCAAGUACUUGAAGCAGGGCCCCGACCGUAUUGGUAAAAAGUACAAGAAGGCAGUCUUCACACAGUAUACGGACCAGACCUUCACGAAGCGGGCGGAGAACAAACAGAGGAAGAUGGAGCUAGGCAUCCUCGGCCCUGUCAUUAGGGCACAAAUCAGAGAUCAGAUAAGGAUUGUGUUCAACAACAAAGCCACCCAGCCAUACAGCAUCUACCCUCACGGGCUGACCAUAGACAAAGCAGGAGAGGGAGCAAACUAUCCACAGGGUGGAAACCAGACCCACGCGGUGCAGCCGGGAGAGACGCACACGUACGUGUGGAAUGUGAUUGAGGAGGACGAGCCGUUGCCCAGCGACCCGCGCUGCCUGACCAGGAUGUACCACAGCGCAGUUAACACCCCGCGGGACAUCGCCUCUGGCCUCGUGGGCCCGCUGCUCAUCUGCAAGAGCCACUCUCUGAACAAGAGGAACGUGCAGUUGAAGGCAGACAAGGAGCAGCAUGCCAUGUUUGCAAUUUUUGACGAGAACAAAAGUUGGUACUUGGAUGAAAAUAUUCAGGAAUAUUGCGGUGACCCACCAAGAGUCAGAAAAGAUGCCCCAGACUUCUACGCAUCGAAUGUUAUGCACACAAUCAACGGCUAUAUGUAUGAGAGUGGCCAAGUCCUGGGCUUCUGCUUCAGAGAAAUUGUCACCUGGCACGUCUCCAGUAUUGGGGAACAGAACCGCAUCCAGACUGUCACUUUCUAUGGACACACGUUUGAACUGAACAACAGGGAGGAGGACUUUCUCACACUGUUUCCCAUGACAGGGGAGACCAUCAGUAUGGACAUGGACAGUAAAGGAGAUUGGCUUUUGUCAUCUCUGAACUCUCACGACACAACCAAGGGCAUGAGAGUGAAAUUUAAAGACGUGGAGUGCUUCCGGGAUUAUGUUUACGAAUACGAGGACGAGGACAAAGAAGUAUACACUGUGUGGAAACAGGAAGAAUACAAGAGUGCUCCAAAAGAAGAGAAUGAUGUUACAGAGGAAGUGGUGAACCCGGUAACUGAUAUACAAACAGACUACUGGGCUGGCUUGCUCGACAUUAGAUCACAUAAGGAGUCGGGCAACGUGUCCACCACUGGCAUGGAGCUGGUGGACCUCAGCCAGUUUGAUUAUGUGGACGACUUACCAGGUAAAACCUCAAAGAAAGUGAGGAACGGUUCUGAUACUGAGCCGAUUACCCCUUCCCAGGCUGUGAUGGAUGUCCAAGGACCAGUACAAGGUGAUCCAGUUUCUUCAGUCCACACCUCAGUGAAUGCAACGAGUAACUACACUUCCAGUAAUGACACCUCUGAUUCGUCAGAUACACAAACCAACAUCACCGCUGGAUCUGAAUACAAUGAAUCAUUAUCAUUUGUGGACCCUAAUAUGUUGCUGUCUAAUUCAUCAGAAGUUCUUGAUUACACAGAGAAUGGCACACGGCCUUCUGAAAACGUUACUGCUGAAGGGAGUGUAGAUAGCAACAAAACAAACCAUUCCAACACAAAUAUGUUACUGUCAAACUCAUCAGAAGUUCUAGAUUACACAGAAAAUGGCAGACGGCCUUCUCAAAACGUUACUGCUGAAAGAAGUGUACACAGCAACAAAACAGACCAUUCCAACACAAAUAUGUUACUGUCAAACUCAUCAGAAGUUCUUGAUUACACAGAGAAUGGCACACAGCCUUCUGAAAACGUUACUGCUGAAAGAAGUGUACACAGCAACAAAACAGACCAUUCCAACACAAAUAUGUUGCUGUCAAACUCAUCAGAAGUUCUAGAUUACACAGAAAAUGGCAGACGGCCUUCUCAAAACGUUACUGCUGAAAGAAGUGUACACAGCAACAAAACAGACCAUUCCAACACAAAUAUGUUACUGUCAAACUCAUCAGAAGUUCUUGAUUACACAGAGAAUGGCACACAGCCUUCUGAAAACGUUACCGCUGAAGGAAGUGUAGACAGCAACUAUGUCUUUACUUACUCUGAAUCCUCCCUUGAGUCACUUACAAAGAGUUUGAAUGAGACUGACACAGAGUUUGUGCUCCUGGAUGGAGAAGCUCCAACGAAGAUCAGCAGAGGAGAGUUGGAGGAGGAGAUAGUAGACCCACACAUGCAGGGGUCUUUGUCUCUCUACAAUGUCACCCUGACUGAGCCUGGGGACCAUGACACGACUUUGGCAGAGGGCAUAGCAGAUGGCACACUGAGCCCUGAAGACACACUCAUGCUCAACGCCACUGAUGACACUGAGAACGGAACAGCGUCCAUGACUGUUAUUGAGGAGGGGGACAAUGAAACUUCUCUGAAAGUUGGAGUCAACAUGACACACUCUUCAGACAAUCAAAUCAAUGGGCUCCCGCAACUUAAUACGUCAUCCUCUGAGAACCGUCAGCACAUUUCCUCUAGUAAUUCAGAGAGCAGUGAUUCGAUCUCGUCUGAACGUUAUGGCAACGACACACAGGAGAGUGAUGAGUUGAACAGCAGCGAGGAGGUCGUCAUCUACCUGGGACACAACAAGAACGAGGGGAUGAGGACCAACUCGCUCGGGCCCCUGAAGGAACACUGGGGCUACGAGGGCAAACACACGCCCACGCACAUGGAGAUCCCCGAGGACAUAACCAAGUACAUUCCGAACGAGACCAAGCCGAAGAAGGAGCCGAAGAAGAAAGUGGUGCACAGAAGAGUUCGGCCGUUUAAAGGGCAUGCCAUGAGAACCAGGAAAAAGACAGAGUAUAAGCCCCAGCCCAAGUCCAGUUUGAGCUCAAGAGGGUUUCAGCCGAGGGGAGCCAGGCCAGUUUCAAACGAGGAGGACAUUGUGAACAAUGCCAUAGUCAUCGGCCUGCCCCGACCAGAAUUCAACGACUAUGACUUAUACGCACCGCUAGAUGACCCCCAGGACAAGGAUACCUUGAGUAAGGAGGAAUAUGAGUACAUUGAAUACAAGGACCCAUACAGCCAACCAGUGCUUGAGGAAGGUAUGACACUGGAUGAGACAACACAAUAUUUUCUGAAGCAUGUGGAAAAGGGCACCAACGUGAGACAGUAUUUCCUGAGUGCAGAGGAAGUCGAGUGGGAAUAUGGCGGAUACGGACAAAGGCGAUCUGACAUGAAAUCUGAUGGGAGGCCCACCUCAUUCACUAAGGUGGUAUAUCGGGGGUAUCUGGACCCCAGAUUUAAAACGCCCGACAUUAGAGGAGAGGUUGACGAACAUCUGGGAAUACUUGGCCCUGUCAUCAGGGCCGAGGUGGGGGACACAAUCAUGGUUGUCUUCAGAAACCUGGGAAGCAGGCCCUACUCCAUUCAUGCCAAAGGGGUCAAAUACAGCAAGCAAAUGGAGGGACUGAGCUACGUGGACGGAACACCAUACUGGUACCAAACUGACAACGCAGUACAAACCAACCAGACUUACACUUACAUGUGGAAAGUGAGCCACAAAGUGGGACCAAAGGAUGGUGAACCUGACUGUCGGACCUGGGCAUACUACUCUGGAGUGAAUCCUGAGAGAGACAUACAUUCAGGGCUUAUCGGCCCUCUCUUGAUCUGUCGGAGUGGCACCCUCGGUAAAAAGCCUCUGGACACCAGAGAGUUUGUGCUUCUUUUCAUGACAUUUGAUGAAAACAAGAGCUGGUAUUAUGAGAAAAACUAUGAGAUGAUUCAAAGGAGGAACAAGAGAACUGUCAUGGAUCCUUUGUUCAAAGAGAACAUUAAAUUUCCAGCCAUCAAUGGCAUAAUCUACGCCCUCAAAGGCCUGAGAAUGUACACCAAUCAACUCGCCAACUGGCACCUCCUCAAUAUGGGAGAAGCAAACGAUGUGCACAGCAUCCAUUUCCAUGGGCAGACGUUCCUGAACCACAAAGGCAAACUCCAUCGGCAAGGCGUAUUCCCUCUUCUGCCUGGAGGAUUUGCCACCCUACAGAUGUGGCCGUCCAAGCCAGGCCUUUGGCUUCUGGAGUCUGAGGUUGGACUCUCUCAACAACGAGGAAUGCAAACAUUGUUCCUUGUGAUAGACAAUGAUUGUGGCCAUCCACUGGGUCUUGUGUCAGGCGGCGUUCAGGACCGACAGAUCACAGCCUCCCACACCAGAGGUUAUUGGGAACCCCAUUUGGCACGGCUGCACAAUUCAGGGAAGUACAAUGCUUGGAGCACGGACGAUACGGGUUCUUGGAUCCAGGUGGAUUUCCAGAGGCCAGUUGUCAUCAGCAAAGUUGCCACACAGGGAGCCAAAGAGAUGUUUUCUUCUAACUACCUGGUGAAUUAUGCCAUAUCUUACAGCACAGACCGCAGGAAGUGGGUUUUCUACAAGGGAGACAGUGACACCGUCAGGAAGACUUUCAAAGGUAACGAGGGAGCCCAUGAGGAGAAGGAAAACAUAUUCUACCCACCAAUGAUUGGACGAUUUGUACGUCUUCAUCCUUUGCAGUCCUAUAACAAAGCAACUGUGCGCAUGGAGUACUAUGGCUGUGAGCUGGAUGGUUGUUCUGUACCACUGGGAAUGAAGAGUGGAGAUAUCCGAGACCAGCAGAUAACCGCCAGCUCUACGGCGAGUAACUGGUAUGCCGGGACCUGGGAGGCCUGGCUUGCCCGUGUGGACAGACAAGGGACUGUCAACGCCUGGCAAGCAAAGCACAAUAACAGGAACCAGUGGCUGCAGAUCGAGUUGAGCGAUGUGAAGAAGAUCACAGGGAUCAUUACCCAGGGGGCCAAGUCAAUGGGCACGAAGAUGUUUGUCUCCGCCUUCACUCUGCAGUACAGCAAUGACGGAAUCAGGUGGACCAAGUACACCGAUGACCCGGAUUAUGAAGUAAAGGAAUUUGAAGGGAACACGGACAACAACGACCACAAGAGAAAUUACAUAUACCCUCCCAUAUUCACCAAAUUCAUCCGAAUCGUUCCCAGCAAUUGGCACAAAUCCAUUACCAUGAGAGUUGAGCUUCUUGGGUGUGAUUUUGAGUAAGAUUAAAAGGGAAAUAAUGAGAGCAGGGAAACUAAACAUGGAUGCGUCAUUCCUGCCUAUAAUUUCUCUCCUUUUUUUGUUUACUUCUGUACCUUUGUCAUUCUGCAUUAUUGUGUAUAUUUGUAAGUACUGAAUAAAAUAAAUAGUUUUGGGAAUAAAA